GUGCCGACUUGGUCCUUAUGAGAAACGGUUUUAAUCUGGAAGCGUAAAAAGGGGUAGACACUUCUCAGUCACCAACGGCGUAGCAGAACUGCUUCAUUGCAUUGAGAUUGCUUUCCUAUUUGGAAAGGGGGACAAAAGUACGUGCGUGAGAAAGGAAAAGAUAGACAGAGAGGCAGUACCGGAUAGAUCGAGGGAUGCUACAAUUUUGUUCAGCUGCCCUCCCUUCGCUCUUUCUCGUCCCUUCGUGUUUCAUAUAGCUGUACAUUAUCCUCAGCUUGACCGUUCGAUCGCUUGCACAGAACACAAGCUUGGAACUGGAGUUUUAAUAAAGACCGGUGGUGCAAGGAUGCUUUUCUGGUGUCGUAUAACUGUAGCAUGAGCCAAUAGUUGCUAAUGGGACUGCAUGAUUUCAGAUAACACAGAGGUGACAUAACCCAACCGGGCAUUUUAAAGAACUUGAAUAAUUUGGCUGAGAGAGAGAGAGAGAGAGAGAGAGAGAGAGAGAGAGAGAGAGAGAGAGAGAGAGAGAGAAGAACUGCGAUGAGCCACAGAGCAAGCUGCAGGAUUCGGGGUUGAGGACCAGGCCAGGCUUUCAAGUGACGGGGAGUGAGAAAGAAAGAGAGAGAAAAAGUAUUGGAGCAGCGCUGGGAUUGCCAGCUCACACAGACCUACAGACACACGUACAAGGAAAACAAGAAUGAUGAGGGAAGGGCUGGGUCUGCUGGUGUUUCUUCUGUGCCUCAGCGUGGUCGUCUGCAGCCAUGCCUCUGUGCCAGUGGAGCACACCCACCGACGACAACUCUCCCUCCGUAGGCAUCGUGAGAAGGGCAAGGAGGGGCAGGUCCUCCAUCGUUCCAAGAGGGGCUGGGUGUGGAACCAGUUCUUCGUCAUUGAAGAGUAUACAGGACCAGACCCUGUGCUAGUGGGCAGGCUCCACUCAGAUGUUGACUCUGGGGAAGGGAAAAUAAAGUACAUUCUCUCAGGGGAAGGCGCAGGCACCAUUUUUGUUAUUGACGACAAGACAGGGAAUAUUCACGCCACAAAGACACUGGACCGUGAGGAGCGUGCUCAAUACACACUGACUGCCCAGGCUGUGGCCCGUGAUACUAACAAGCCACUGGAACCACCAUCGGAGUUCAUUGUAAAGGUGCAGGACAUCAACGAUAACCCGCCUGAGUUCCUGCAUGGCCCCUACCAUGCCAUGGUGUCUGAGAUGUCCAAUGUGGGUACCUCGGUCAUGCAGGUGACAGCGUCCGAUGCUGACGAUCCCACGUAUGGAAACAGUGCGAGACUUGUGUACAGUAUUUUGGAGGGGCAACCUUACUUCUCAGUGGAGCCACAUACAGGGAUUAUCAGGACAGCCCUACCCAACAUGGACAGAGAGGCCAAGGAGGAAUACAAUGUUGUCAUUCAAGCCAAGGACAUGGGGGGGCACAUGGGGGGGUUGUCAGGGACCACCAAAGUGACAAUCACAUUGACAGAUGUCAAUGACAACCCACCAAAGUUUCCACAGAGCGUCUAUGCUAUGUCUGUGUCAGAAGCCUCAGUCCCUGGCGAUGAGGUGGGUCGAAUCAAGGCGAAAGACCCCGAUCUGGGUGAGAAUGGCCUGAUCUCAUAUCGUGUGCUGGAAGGAGAUGGUGCCGACGUUUUUGAGGUCACCACCGACUCACAGACUCAGGAGGGGGUACUCAAGCUCAAGAAACACGUGGACUUUGAGACCAAAAGGGCGUAUAGCCUGAAGGUGGAGGCAUCAAACCUGAUUUUAGACCCGCGGUUUCUCAGCUGGGGGCCGUUCAAGGACACGGCAAUGGUGAAAAUCACGGUAGAAGAUGCAGACGAACCCCCUGUUUUUACCUCGCUUGGCUACGUCUUUGAGGUGCAGGAGAAUUCACCUGCCAACACUGUGGUGGGUCGGGUUCAUGCCAAAGACACAGAUGCUGCCAACAGCCCCAUUAGGUACACCAUUGACCAGCACACCAAUCUGGACCGCUUGUUUAAGAUUAACCUGAAUGAGGGUAUCAUCCAGACCACCAAACCGCUGGACCGGGAGGCCAUGGCCUGGCAUAACAUCUCCAUCAUCGCUUCUGAAGCCCGUGCAGUGGACCCUCGUCAAGAGGCCAAAGUUCAAGUUGCCAUCAAAGUCCUAGACGUCAAUGACAACCCCCCUGAAUUUGCUGCCCAAUAUGAAGCAUUUGUAUGUGAAAAUGCCAAGUAUGGCAAGCUGAUUCAUACCGUCAGUGCAAUGGACAAGGACGAGACAGCCAACGGACUCCGCUUUCUUUUCGAGUUAGCUCAGGAGGUCGUAAACAACCCGAACUUCACUGUCCGGGAUAACAGAGACAGCACAGCAGGGAUCUAUGUGCGCCGUGAAGGCGGGUUCAGUCGACAGAAACAGGACCUCUAUCUCCUGCCCAUCGAGAUUAAUGACAAUGGCAGCCCCCCACUAAGCAGUACCAACACCCUCACUAUCCGCGUGUGUGGCUGUGACAGUGAAGGUACUAUGCAAUCCUGCAACGUGGAGCCCUACAUCCUGCCUGCAGGACUUAGCACUGGGGCCCUCAUCGCCAUUCUCGCCUGCAUCGUCAUCCUACUUGUGAUUGUUGUGUUGUUCGUGGCACUGCGGCGGCAAAAGAAAGAGCCCCUCAUUGUGUUUGAGGAGGAAGACGUGCGUGAGAACAUUAUCACCUAUGACGACGAAGGCGGUGGAGAGGAGGACACAGAGGCCUUCGACAUUGCCACUCUGCAGAACCCUGACGGUGUCAACGGUUUCCUUCCACGUAAAGACAUCAAGCCCGAGCAGCAGUACCCAGCCCGACCCGGCCUUCGGCCUGCGCCAAACAGCGUUGAUGUGGACGACUUCAUCAAGACCCGCAUCUCUGAAGCGGACUAUGACCCAACAGCACCCCCGUACGAUUCUAUCCAGAUCUACGGUUACGAGGGCCGCGGCUCCAUUGCCGGCUCACUCAGCUCCCUAGAAUCGGCCACCACAGACUCCGACCUGGACUACGACUACCUCCAGAGCUGGGGUCCUCGUUUUAAGAAGCUGGCGGAUCUGUAUGGCUCCAAAGACACGGCCAAUAACAAUGACUCGUAACAACGGGAACCUUCUUUUUGUCUGCACCCCUUAAGAUAAUGUAGUAUAUUAUGUACUAUAAGUAUACUACCAGUAUACCGCUGAUAUAUUUAUAGUGUACUUUUUGACUUAAGUAUACUUGUAGUGUACUGCAUUCUAAUAAGGGGUCAGACUUUGAAGAGACUCCAAUUCUGAGAAGAAGCCAAAAUAAAAAAAAAAAAAUCCUCAGUAGGAUGUAUCCACACACACAUACACA